UUAUACAUUAUAAAAAUAUGCCAAAUUAAUGGAGAGUAAAUCAAUCAAUAUCUUCAACGUGGCCCAUUAAGGCCCAUCCAAUUGGCUACUUCCACUUUCCUAAUAUAUCUCAUCCCGGCGACCCUUUGCCGAUAAACUUUUCCUCCGUUAGACGGUUUACAAUGGCGAAAAUCUUCGUUCUUUCUAUCUUUUUCAUUAUCUCUUUCUGCCUUGCUCCGGUGACCAUUUCCGUCCAAUUCCAUGGUCAUGAAACCUUCAUCAUUCACGUUGCCAAAUCCGACAAGCCCCAUGUUUUUUCCACCCACUACCAUUGGUAUGCCUCCAUCGUCCGAUCUAUUUCUCCGCUCUCUCAAAACCCUUCUAAAAUCCUCUAUACCUAUGAACGCGCCGCCGUGGGUUUCUCCGCCCGCCUUACCGCCGAUCAGGCUGAUCAGCUCCGCCGUGUUCCUGGGGUAAUCUCUGUCCUUCCUGACCAAGUGCGUUAUCUCCACACCACCCAUACUCCUACCUUCUUGGGACUUGCUGACUCCUUCGGCCUCUGGCCCAACUCCGACUAUGCCGAUGAAGUUAUUGUUGGGGUUCUGGAUACGGGUAUCUGGCCGGAGAGACCGAGUUUUUCCGACGAGGGUCUCUCUCCGGUUCCUUCAGGUUGGAAAGGGAAAUGCAUGACUGGACCGGGUUUUCCCGAAAGUUCAUGUAAUCGGAAAAUCAUUGGUGCUCGAAUGUUUUACAAAGGGUAUGAAGCUUCACAAGGCCCAAUGGACGAAUCAAAAGAAUCGAAAUCGCCGAGAGAUACUGAAGGUCAUGGAACACAUACAGCAUCAACUGCAGCUGGUUCUUUGGUGGCAAAUGCUAGUUUUUACCAAUAUGCUAAAGGUGAAGCUAGAGGAAUGGCUAUAAAAGCAAGAAUAGCUGCUUACAAGAUUUGUUGGAAAAAUGGUUGUUUUGAUUCCGAUAUUCUGGCUGCAAUGGAUCAAGCUGUUGAUGAUGGUGUACAUGUGAUUUCACUUUCCGUCGGUGCUAAUGGGUAUGCUCCACAUUACCUCCAUGACUCCAUUGCAAUUGGAGCUUUUGGUGCCUCCGAACAUGGCGUCCUCGUCUCAUGCUCAGCUGGAAAUUCUGGUCCCGGCGCUUACACGGCAGUGAACAUUGCCCCGUGGAUUCUCACCGUUGGUGCUUCAACCAUAGAUCGAGAGUUCCCAGCAGAUGUUAUUCUAGGAGACAAUAGAGUAUUUGGUGGCGUUUCCUUGUACUUCGGCGAUCCCUUGACUGAUUCCAAAUUGCCAGUGGUUUAUUCCGGCGACUGUGGUAGCAAAUACUGUUAUCCAGGAGAGCUAGACCCUAAGAAAGUCGCCGGUAAAAUUGUUCUGUGCGACAGGGGAGGCAACGCUAGAGUCGAGAAAGGGAGUGCGGUGAAGCUAGCUGGUGGGGUUGGGAUGAUACUCGCUAAUUUAGCUGACUCCGGUGAAGAACUCGUUGCAGAUUCACAUCUUAUUCCGGCGACAAUGGUCGGUCAAAAAGCAGGAGACAAAAUAAGAAAAUACGUCAAGUCUGAUCCAUCACCAACAGCUACGAUCGUAUUCAGAGGAACCGUCAUCGGGAAAUUACCAGCGGCGCCACGUGUAGCGGCGUUCUCAAGCCGAGGACCGAAUCAUUUAACGCCGGAGAUUCUUAAACCGGAUGUUAUUGCACCCGGCGUCAACAUUUUAGCCGGUUGGACCGGAGCUAAUGGGCCAACCGAUUUGGAAAUUGACCCGAGAAGAGUAGAAUUUAAUAUUGUUUCUGGGACUUCCAUGUCGUGCCCUCACGUUAGUGGAUUAGCUGCCUUACUUAAAGGGGCCCACCUUAAGUGGACCCCAGCAGCCAUCAAGUCGGCUCUUAUGACAACAGCUUAUAAUUUGGACAAUUCAGGUAAGAUAUUUACUGAUCUUGCCACUGGGGAAGAAUCAACCCCUUUCGUUCAUGGAUUGGGGCAUGUAGACCCGAACCGAGCAUUGGAUCCAGGUUUGGUCUACGAUAUUGAAACCAGCGAUUACGUGAACUUCCUAUGCACCAUUGGCUAUGAUGGCAACGACAUUGCCCGGUUCGUAAGAGAUUCUACUCGGGUGAAUUGCAGUGAACGGAGUUUGGCUACUCCGGGAGACCUGAAUUACCCGUCGUUCUCCGUUGUUUUUACUAGUGAUAGUAAGAGAGUGGUGAAAUAUAAGCGAGUGGUGAAGAAUGUAGGGAAAAAUACAGAUGCCGUGUAUGAGGUGAAGGUGAAUGCGCCUCCAUCUGUGGAGGUGAUAGUGUCACCGUCGAAGCUUGUUUUCAGCGAGGAAAAGUAUAGUUUGUCGUAUGAGAUUAGCUUUACGAGUAGAAGAAGUGGAGGAGUGGAGAUGUCGAAGGGGAUUCAAUCUGCAUUUGGGUCGAUUGAGUGGAGUGAUGGGAUUCACAGUGUGAGAAGUCCAAUCGCAGUGCGUUGGCGAUACCAAUCUGCUGCGUCCAUGUGAGUAAUGGCUGUUGUUGGAUCAUCAUGACAAUGUAGCUGAAGAACUAUGCUUUAUUGAAGACGAAUAAAUUGGAAUCAUGGCAUACUGGACGCGAGGAAAUACCAUUGAAGUUUCAUUUGGUUUCACUUUCUUUCCUUUUUUUUUUCUUGUUUCGCAUGUUUUUCAGAUUGAUGUACAUAUUAAUGAAGCAUGUCAAAUUGUUCCAGAGUAA